GGCCAUCGCCAGGACCCAAACAUAAUAUCCCGGAAAGAUUAAAAGCAUGAAGUAAACAUUGGAGUUUACGCUCAAAACACAAAGCUCCGUUUCUUACAGACCCCUGACUGUGGAUACCAUGAACAACAUGUCGCCCGAGGUGGCUCUGCACCGCAUCUCGCCGGAGCUGCGGCCGCUGCUGUGCAGCGUGGUGAGGAACGGCCGAGUGGGGCUGGACUCCACCAACUGCCUCCGUGUCACAGACCUUAAAACGGGAUGCACAUCUCUAACCCCGGGUCCAUGCUGCGAUCGCUUCAAACUCCACAUCCCCUACGCUGGAGAAACCCUCAAAUGGGAUAUCAUCUUCAAUGCUCAAUAUCCUGAAUUACCUCCAGAUUUCAUUUUUGGUGAAGAUGCAGAGUUUCUUCCUGAACCUUCUGAGCUACCUCACUUGGUUGACUGGGAUGCUGGGAACCCAGAGUGUUUGCUUCAGCUGGUGAAGGAGCUCAUCCAGCAGUACCAUCAGUACCAGUGCCACCGCCUGCGUGAAAGCUCCAGGCUGCUGUUUGAGUACGACAGCCUGCUAGAAGACCCCAGCUUUGGACAGAACCUAGAGAUUUAUGCCGGACGGAAGAACGCCUGGACAGGAGAGUUUUCAGCCCGUUUCCUCCUGAAACUCCCAGUGGACUUCAGCAACAUCCCGGUUUAUCUUCUCAAGGACACUGCUCUGGACCCAGGAGAGGAUGUGGCUCUGCUCUCGGUCAGCUUUGAGGAUGCUGAAGCUACUCAGGUCUUCCCUAAACUCUACCUCUCUCCCAGCAUUGAGCACGCUCUGGGAGGCUCCUCCGCUCUCCACAUCCCAGCCUUCCCCAGCGGAGGAUGCCUAAUCGAUUACGUCCCUCAAGUGUGUCAGUUACUCACCAACAAGGUUCAGUACGUCAUACAAGGUUAUCACAAGAGGAGGGAAUACAUCGCUGCAUUUCUUAGCCACUUUGGAACGGGGGUGGUGGAGUACGACGCAGAGGGAUUCACCAAACUGACUCUCCUCCUCAUGUGGAAAGACUUCUGCUUCCUGGUGCAUGUGGAUCUUCCGCUGUACUUCCCCAGGGAUCAACCCAGCCUAACCUUCCAGUCCGUGUACCACUUCACCAGCAGCGGUCAGCUCUACUCUCAGGUGCAGACGUCAUACCCCUACAGCCCACGCUGGGACGGUAACGAGAUGGCUAAAAGGGCAAAAGCGUACUUCAAGAGCUUCAUCCCUCAGUUCCAGGAGGGAGCCUUCGCCAACGGGAAACUGUAGCUCUGCUGACAUUUGCUGGAGUGCGUCUGAGUGUUUGUGCUCUAGUGUCUCUGUCUGCACUUUGAAUCUCACAUUGUUCUCACCGAAGCUUCGGGGAGAAGCCGUUUUUCUGUAGAAAUUGUUUUCUGUGGCAUCAUGAAGAUUCGUCACAAGUGUUGACAGCUGAGUAAAAAGCGUUAAAUCUUAAAACUUUUGCAGGAAAUGAAGCUGACAGCUUGUAUUGUACUUUUUCUUACAGUAAAUACUGUUUUGUUUUGUGUGUGACGUCUAGAAACUCCACGCUCAGAGUUAUUUGCUUUAGAAAGAGCUGAAAGAACAAGCUUUGUUUACUUGCUUUCAUCACGUUCUCAGUUAGUGCUCAGCUGAUGAUGUUAGAUAUGUUUUCUAUUCACUUAGCUGUUUAUUCCUUAAAUGGUCUCUUUCUGAAAUGUUCAUUAUAUUCAUUUAGUAAAACAAUGUUUCCUCUGAUUGUUUUAGUGCAUUGAAUAAAUCUGAGAU